AUGGCGGCUCAAAGCGGUCGCAGCCAAAGUAGCGAGCAGAAUUCCAGUACACCAUCUGGGAGUACUACUUCUGGGAGCAGUACUAUUGCUCGAUCCAUGUCUCGCUACCGUAGGAAGGCAGGUAGCGCCGCUGUCAACGUCGAUGCAACCCAAAAAAUUAAUUCCGAUCCACCACCCCCAUGGGAACCUCCUAUAGCCCCCCCUGUGCCUGUACCUACUAUACCACGUCGGUUAACAACCGCCAGCAUCAGACAAAAGGAGACUGAUGCCCCAGCUACCGCGCUCGAUUCUCCCCCGCGACAUCACCUGCGCCAUACGGAAAGCACGCGGAAGUAUCCGCCGCGUCGAAGUACGAUGGAUCAAUAUCAGAACCGUCCUAGUACAGCGAAGAGCGCGAUGAGCGAAGAGAGCGGGUGGCGAAGGCUUGUUAGUCGAGAUGGGCGGCGCAACAGGGUAAACAGCGAGGAGGAAGACGAGGCGUUGAAGAGGGAAGUUGCGCGCUUAGAGGCCGAAAACCGCCGACUCAUAGCCGAGCAGAAGAGAAAAGAUCUUCAGAGGCUGGAAAUAGAGUUGGCAAAUAGCCCGAGACCGUCGUUCCAAGCGCAGUCCCCUAAGCCGAGAAGUCCUGUACUUGAGAAGCUUGCCCUCUUAACCAAGGGGCGGAAAAGCCGAGAUCGAGAUGGGUUAUCUCCUGUGGUCUCUCCGACGUCAUCAAAUGCCAGCGUCGAGCCUAUAAAAUCUCAAAUAACCGGGAUAGAGGUUGGAGGGAGGGGAAUUGUACCUCAGACGGAUGCCCCUCAUUCUGCGAUCAAUGCAGGAGAACGAAAUGUUGCGGUCCGCUGCAAACAUCAUACCUUCAGCGUGGAAGUUACCCCCGAGACGACUGCGGACGAUAUAAUAGCCCAUGCUUCUAAGAUGACAGGCUCCCGAGAUAUAAGCCGAUCGAAUUGCGUCGUCAAGGAAACUUAUGGUGCGCUGGGUUUGGAGCGUUGUUUGCGUCGUUAUGAGCAUAUUCGAGAUGUUAUGAAUUCUUGGGAUCGGGAUACUCAAAACCAAUUGACAGUCGCAAUGUCCGAAUCCCAAGAUCAAGAUUGGGAGCUGGACAUCGACUCGGUUCCAAACCUCGACGAACCCCCGCAAGGUUUUCAACUAUACAUGUACCACUCAAAUCGCCUCGGCAAGUGGAACAAGAGGUGGAUAACGCUUCUUGAAAAUGGCCAGAUAAUAUCCGCGAAGAAGCCGGACGCUAAAUCAACAGAUAAAGAUGCUGCGAGCUUGUGUCGAUUAUCCGAUUACGAUAUCUAUACACCCACAGAGUCGCAGAUGCGGAGGCAUCUUAAACCACCCAAGCGAUAUUGCUUCGCAGUGAAGAGUCAACAGAAGACAACCGUCUUUAUAAACACAGAGAACUACGUCCAGUAUUUCUGCACAGAAGAUCCUAAAAUUGCAGCCCAAUUUAGGGAAAAGGUACAGGGUUGGCGGAGCUGGUACCUUGUGGAUCGUAGACCUGCAGCUCCGAAGCCGUCGAGGAAAAUCUCGAUCAGGAAGACGGAUGAUAAGCCCCCUCAAAUCACGUCACCUAACGUUGCUCAAGCCCCAAAGAAGUCAGCCAAUGUUGCUUCGAUAAACGGUCACCGUCUCCAGGUGUCAGUUGACGAAACGCCGUAUGCAAUUGGCCAAUUCGAGCCGCUUAUCGACAUGAAGCGGUUUGAUAAACGGCUAUCUCAGUUUGGCCAGGAUUUCUUACCGCCUGUACCGGACGUAUCAACUAUGCCAAAGGAUAUCACCUCCCGCCAUACCAAUUCCGAUGUGGUGGCCGAGAAGGUGGAGAAGAACAACAAACCCGAACGAAAAUUAAUAGACAGAAUCAAUACAACAAAUGACGAUGGAUUCACCGGUAAUGGUCUACUUGGCGAAGGUUAUGAAGAGCGGAGACAGGCCCAUGUGGAGACGGAUCAACCGGAGCGAGGGCGGCAAAGACAUAGAAACGAUGCAUUUACGGAGGGGCCCUCACUGCUAAAUCGGAAGACCGAGCCAGAGACGCCGGCUGAUAAAACCAAGUCCUCUUCCUGGUUCCCAUCAGCUCUUGAACAUUCUGCAAGACAGCGUAGUGUCGGCUCCUCCUCCUCUUCGACACGCCCGAGCACUUCUGCAGGUAUCGUGCGCACGCCCUCACAUGCCCAUGCUCAUGCCCAUGCACGAAGACCCUCUCUUUCAUCAUCACGACCUCCGCCUCUCCCUUCAAGCAAUAAAUUCUCAGCACACGAACACCCCAACCCCCUUUCCUCGCAGCCAACCGGGCUUUCUCACCCACCCCGUCAUAGCCAGCCAAAACCGCUAGUUGAUUUAGAAGAGAACAGAUUUCAGGAAGCACCGCAAUGGGCGAGGAAACAUACGGGUCACGGCGUUAAGGCCCCUGCUGGUACAGCACAUCUGGUCGACCUUAUAUCUGACAAAAACGGUGAUGCCGAUAUUCCGCCGCGAAGCGCCUUACGGCGGCCUUCUCAAACGGCACCCGUCCCAAGCCUUUCCCGAACUAGAAGCAAAACCCAAGGUGCCCCUCCUCGGAAGAUCUCCGUAGGAGGACAUGUCCCACCUGUCCCAACUCUUCCCGAGCGUAGUGGGGAUCGGGAGCAAUUACGGUCGAACCCACCGCCUCGAAACAGAGAUCUCGAACGCGAAAGAGAAAAGGCAAGGGAGAAAGAGCGUGAAUAUAACGCCUAUAAUUCGGUGCCUGGAAGGACAGGCACUUUGAAAGUGGUAUAA